AUGGUCCUUACGUGCCACCUCGCAGCAUGCGAUUGGGUGUGGAAGUCGUGUAGGGCAAAUUCGCUUUGCGGUCUCCAAAUCACAUUCAUUUUCUCCCGAUUCUCUCUCGACGGCGAAACCUUUCGCCAGAGCUUGUCCGCCGAUUUCAUCCCCAAAUCAAAAUCCUCUCGGUUAUUUCGCUCACUCGACACCGAUCUGUUAUCUCAUCCAAAGCUUCUCCGCGAAUUCCAAUCUAAAAGUUCCCAACAAUCUGAGGCUCCAGCUCCACCUGAAGACACACCAGUGGAGCGUCGGGAGAGAAGGAAAUGGACCCCAGCUGAUGACGAGGUUCUAAUCAGUGCCUGGCUAAACACAUCUAAGGAUGUUGUUGUUGGAAAUGAACAAAAGUCAGGGACCUUCUGGAAACGAGUAGGAGAAUACUACGCAGCAAGUCCUCAUGCUAGAGGGGGUGGUGAAAAGAGAGAGCAUAUCCAUUGUAAGCAGAGGUGUCACAAAAUCAAUGAUCUGACGAACAAGUUCAGUGGCACAUUCGCUGCUGCAGAGAGACAAAAUAGCAGCGGUCAGAAUGACAAUGACAUUCUAAAGGUGGCUCAUGACAUCUUCUACUCUGAUCACAACAUGAAGUUUAUCCUUGAGCAUGCGUGGUGUCUGUUGAGGUAUGAACAGAAAUGGCUAAACCUGAACACUCCUAAAGCUACUGGCAGUUCAAAGAGAAAAGCUGGUGAGGUCGGUUCCCAAUCUUCAAGCACUAAUGUUGGUGACCAUGAGAUCCAGCCUGAAGGUAUCAAGGUUGCAAAAGCAAGAAUGAAUAAUGCUCAAGGGAAGGCUCUUUCUGAGUAUUAG